AUGGAAACUACCAACAAAAAAAAAGAUUCUCUAAUAUUUAUUAAUCAUACUGCAUGUGAGGAAAUAUAUAAUAAUUAUGUAGGCCAGAGAAAAUUUGUUAGCGAGCCAAUACAUGGUAGGGCAUUGAAUGAUGAACCAGAUAAGGGGAAAGAACAUGAUCAAAAAGCAAAAAAGCUAGUUUCCUUUCAAAAUGACAAAUCUAAUAAUCCAGUAAAAAUUCAAAUUUUAAAAUCACAAAAAACAGAUAAUGUUAUAAAAAGAAGAAGAACAUAUUUUUAUAAUAAUGAUAAAUACAAUGAAUUAAUGAAUCGAUUUAAACAACAAGAACUUAAGAGAAUAAAAUUAUUUAAUUAUAUUUAUAAAUGGCAAUUUUCAGUAAUCAUAUUAUUUUUUUUAUCUAUAAUUUUUUUUUUAAUUGGUUUAUAUAUCUAUUAUGAAUCUCAAGAGAUUGUAGAAGUAACUAUCGAAUAUGAUUCCGAUAGUAAAUAUAAAAUUUUUGAAAUCCCUAAAGAGAUGAAACAACCAGUUUAUAUAUAUUAUAAAAUAUCAAACUUUUAUUAUAAUUAUAAACAGUUUUUAGCAGAUGAAUCACAUUCUAUUCAUGAUGGUCGAAGGUGUAAACAUAUUAAAACUUUGGAAGAUCUUUACAAAUUUCGAUGUAUAAAUGGAAGGCAAACUCUUCCCGAACUAACAAAAAAUGUAAAUAUAAAAAAUAAAUCAAAAGUUAAACAUGUUAUUGUACAAGAUGAUGACGUUUCAAAUUAUGAUGGAGAAAAAUGUGAUGUAAAUAUAUUAACAGAAGACGAAAAAAAUCAACAAAUAUUUCCAUGUGGUUUAACAUCCGCUUCUAUAUUUAAUGAUAAAAUCAGUUUAUCAAUUAAAAAAAAAAAUUUUGAAAUAAAAAAUUUCCCUAUUAUUAAUUAUUAUGAUUUAUUUUUUUAUUUAAAAAAACAUAAAAAAAAUUCUGAAAGAUAUAAAGUAUGGUUAAAUCCAUUUUCACAUGAAUAUAAAAAUUGGUUUACCCCACCAAUGACAUCAUCUUUUAUUAAACCGUAUGGAAUUAUUGAAGAAGAUUUACAACCUGGUGAUAAUUAUAAAAUAACUUUUACACAAAAUACAUGGCCUGAUAAAGCAUGGAAAUCAAAAAAAUAUUUUCAAUUAACUACAUUAAGACCUAUUGGAAAUGCAGCAUUUGAAUUAGCUUAUGCAUUUUUUAUAUUAUCGUUUAUUUAUAUGAUAAUACUUAUAAUUAUAAUUAUACUAGCUAAAACUAAUUUUUGUAAAUUGGGGAAAUCUUUUAAUUAUUGCAAAACGCUACUUAGUAAUAAAGAAAAUCAAUUACAUCCAAAAUAUCAUAUUGCAUAUUCCAAAAAAAAAAGUAAUUUUGUUACUAGCCAAUCUUUACGCAAUGAUAAAUUAUUAACAACAAUAGACAAUUCUGAACAAUCUAUUAAUUAUCAGAAUAUUCAUAAACAUUCAUGUAUUUGUCCCUUACAUUAA